UUUUUCUUUUUGGGAUUUGUGGCAGCUGGCAGCGUGCUGUGUUCGUGUUCCUGGGGACGAGGCGAGGAUGGGCAGUUAGGGCACGGAGAUGCUGAGGAUCGUCUGCUUCCGACGCUGGUGAGUGCGCUGAGUAGCCCGGGGAUUGUGUCGAUUGCUUGCGGAGCUGAUCAUACUACUGCUUACUCUGAGGAUGAGUUGCAAGUUUACAGUUGGGGGUGGGGAGAUUUUGGGAGGUUGGGGCAUGGAAAUUCAAGUGAUCUGUUUAUGCCACAGCCUAUCAAAGCAUUGCAAGGGAUUAUGAUCAAGCAGAUUGCUUGUGGAGAUAGUCACUGUUUGGCUGUAACUAUGAAUGGGGAGGUGCGGAGUUGGGGGCGGAACCAGAAUGGGCAGCUUGGUCUUGGGACCACUGAGGAUUCUCUUAUACCACAAAAGAUUCAAGCAUUUGAGGGAAUUCCUGUGAAAAUGAUCGCUGCGGGUGCUGAACAUACUGCUGCGGUUACAGAAGAUGGCGACCUAUAUGGAUGGGGCUGGGGCCAGUAUGGUAAUUUGGGCCUAGGUGACCGAAAUGACCGUCUAAUCCCAGAAAAGGUUCUUCAGACAAAUGGGCAAAAGAUGGUAUCCAUAGCAUGUGGGUGGCGUCAUACAAUAACUGUUUCCUCCUCUGGUACCUUAUACACUUAUGGAUGGUGCAAAUAUGGUCAACUAGGGCAUGGAGACUUCAAAGAUCAUCUCAUUCCUCAUCUGGUGGAAGUGUUAAAAGAUAGAUGCAUAUCUCAGAUAUCGGGUGGUUGGAGGCACACUAUGGCUCUCACAUCAGAUGGACAGCUUUAUGGCUGGGGUUGGAACAAGUUUGGACAAGUUGGUGUCGGUGAUAAUAUUGAUCAUUGCUCUCCGCAGCAGGUUAAAUUUCCAGACGAACAGAAAGUUGUCCAAAUCUCUUGCGGGUGGCGGCACACUCUUGCUGUGUCAGAACGAAAAAAUGUGUUCUCUUGGGGGAGGGGUACAAGUGGACAGCUUGGACAUGGAGAUAUUUUAGAUCGUAACACCCCAAAGCUUAUUGAAAUUUUGAGCACUGAUGGUUCCGGUUGUAAGGAGAUAGAAUCUUCAGAAUCUAUAACAGGCAAAACCCGGGUUUCACCAUCCGAAAGAUAUGCUAUUGUUCCAGAUGAAAUUGUUACAAAGCGAGUAUCUGACCCUGUCAGCGGCAAUGGAGGCGAUGUAAAUGUACCAGAUAAGGAUGUUAAGCGAAUAAGAGUCUAAGGCAGUUUGGCGAUGUAAAUGUACCAGAUAAGGAUGUUAAGCGAAUAAGAGUCUUAAGGCAGUUUCCUGUUCGUAUGUUCUACAUUUUAUGUAUGUCAUCUUAGCUUCUAUAAAGAUUGUUGCAGUAUCUCCAAUGUUUGGACAUCUCAAUCUUCUCGAAAUUUAGUUUCUUCGUUGAGUAUGUUCUUUAGGAAAAGCCUGAACCUGUGAUUUAUCGAUAACGAAGAUUCUUUGAAGAGUCUUUUAACA